AUGAACUCCAAUACUUACCACCCCGGUUUUAGAAACCACCCAAACUUUACAUAUGGAAAUCCCUCAAACCAAGCUAACCCGAAUUUUCAAGGAAGUCAAGGUAACUUUGCUCCACGCCAACCGUUCAAUAAUCAAAGUGGGUUUUCAGGUCAAAGUUCUUCUGGUGGAAAUGAGGUCAUGGAGAUGCUCAAGGCAAUGCAACUAGAGAUGCAGCGAAGAAAUCAAAUUGAUGAUGCUCGCAUUCAAAAAGACGAAAUCCGUGAUAAAGCAAUUCAGUCGUUGACUACCCAAAUGAGUCAACUUGCAAGUGAUGUGGCGAUAUUGAAGAAAGCAAAAGGCCAACUACAAAGUGACACGGUGACAAAUCCCAAAAACAUUAAAAGUGUUAAUAUCAAUGUGGUAAGUACCGUUCCUAAUAGUGAAUUUAAUGAAACAUUUCUAACAUCUUCUUGUCAAGUGAGUGUAGGUAUAGGAAGGGAUGCCGAGGUUGAAACGGACAAAGAGCAUGGAGCACCACUCGUGCCUAUUCAAGUGGGAAAAUUAAAAAUUCCUCAAGCAUUGUUGGACUACGGGGCGAGUAUGAGUGUGCUACCAGGCGAUCUAUACGAUAUGUACGACUUUGGUCCGCUUGAAGAUAUAGACACCAUGGUGAGUUUGGCGGAUGAAAGUUGGAGGCGUCCACGGGGAAUAGUUAAGAAUGUUAAGAUUCGGUUGGGAGAAUUCGAAUACCCGGUGGAUUUUCUGGUCCUAGAUUAUGCCCCCACCAAAUUUGUAACGUUUCGUAUUUCUGUACCUUCUUUUUAUGGCAAGAUGUAUUGA